UUUUUUUCCGUGGUGGCUUGAACGCACCGUGCUGUUGCUUUAAGAGGGCCGAGCUUCCACAGCUCUGAGUCUGAAGCGCACUUUUCAUCUACCUGCUGUCUUGCCUCUCUCCUCCGUCUUGAUUGGCCCUCUGGAGCCAAAUCCCCUUGAAUGAUUUCAAAUCCGAAGACUUUGGACACAGACGAGGAAGAGCGGGAGGAGGAGAAGAGGAGGGAGGUGUUCGCUGGAAACUGGGUAGGGUGGAAGAGACGGAGCCCUCUCAGUCCACCGAACGCACCAUCUCAUGACAGAGGUCUUAUCCGCGGAGAAGCGCUGUUGCUGACGGCUUACCGCGUCCAGACGGUGGGAAAGGUGGAAAGACACGGACUGAGUUCUCUUUCACGCUCGCGGACCUCUCUGAAAUCAACCCGCUUUUUUUCUUUCUUUCUUCUUCUUCUUCCUUUUGUUUUUUGUUUUUUGCUUAUUAUUUUUGUAUAAGCACUUGAGUGGAGUGAUGUCCAGCGCGGAUGGUGUCUAAGCUGUGGGACGCGGUGUGCUGACUGGACUUGUCGCUUGAGACUAAUAGGACCUGGUUGGGGAAUUCCUCUGAAUAAAUAUCUAAACACAAACAGUAAUUACUGGAGAAAUGUGAGUACCAACAGUUGUCUCUGAGCUCCAGUGAGGCUUUUAUUUACCAGAUCAAAAGGGUUUGGGGGGAAGAGCAUUCAGCUCAUGCACAGGUUGCCAUAGCAUCACAUUAAUAUUUCCACUCCUUUCAGAGCCUAACAGCAUCUUCACAUUUUUUGGACAAUGUGCUCGUUUCUCAUCACCAUUCCUCAGCUCAGGUCGGGUCGAAUCGGGUCCUCGCAGUAAAUUCCGAGCCACAGGAUUCACAAACUGAGAUUCAGACUACAGCCAUGGCUAAAAAUCCCUCUGAGGGGGCCAAGGAUGACCUGAGCCAGCUGACAGACGAUGACCUGCUGCGGUGCAGUAAAGAGGAGCUGGUGAGGAAACUAAGGAGGGUCGACGGCGAGAAAAUGAACUUGAUGAUCGAGCACGGCAACAUGAUGAAAGACAUCAACCGGCGGCUGCAGCUGCACCUGCACGAGAUCCGCAGCCUGAAGGAGGUCAACCAGAAGCUGCAGGAUGACAACCAUGAGCUCCGGGAGCUCUGCUGCUUCCUGGACGACGACAGGCAGAAGGGCAAGAAGCUGUCCCGGGAGUGGCAGCGCUUUGGCCGCUACACUGCCAGCGCCAUGUGGAAGGAGGUGGGGGCCUACAUGAUGAAGCUCAAGGAGCUGGAGGCCAACCAGGAGAGCGUGCUGAGGGAGAACUCUGAGCUGAAGGAGAUCAUCCUCAUGCUGGACGAGGAGAGGAACGGGGCCGGCUCCAGGAGCUCCAUAGACAGCCAGUCUAGCCUCAGCAACCUGAACGGCGGCGCGGGGACGGUGAGGGACGUCGGAGACGGGAGCAGCACGUCCAGCACGGGGAGCGCGGGCAGCCCGGAUCACCACAAUCACAACCAUGUACACAAGCCCUCGGAAAACAGCAAGAUGCCCACCAUGAGGAGGUCGAUGGAUGAUCUGUCAGCUCCACAUCAUCACAGGAGCAUCCCCAACGGACUCAACGAUUCCUCCUCCAACUACAUCAGGCAGCUGGAGACAAAGGUCCGGAUACUUGAGGACGACAACAACAAGCUCCUCUCUCAGUGCAACCCGGGUGACCUCCGAGCCCUGAGGAAGGGAAUGACUCUGUACCACUCCGAGUCCCAGCUGUCCUCGCUGCCCCAGCGCCAGGAGGCCAUGCACAUGGGCACAAACCGUCUGCCAACCAGCGAAUCGUCUCCUGCCACCGGCUACCUGUCCUCCAUCCAGAAGCCCGAGGCGGUGGUGCACGCCAUGAAGGUUCUAGAGGUCCACGAGAAUUUGGACAAGCAGGCUCCCGAGGACUACGAGGACGAUCUGAGUGAGAAAGAGAAGGCCAUCGUGCGAGAGAUGUGCAAUGUGGUGUGGCGAAAACUGGGCGACGCCGCCGGAUCAAAGAUGUCCAUCAGGCAGCAUCUCUCUGGGAACCAGUUCAAGGGGCCGCUGUAGCACCGACGACCCGACUCGCCUGCAUUCACCCGGGGGGAGGGGGGGACGCCACCACAUUAAACCUGCCGACACCACCCAUCACUCCGCGCUCCACCACUGCCGACGGAGAAUCAGCUGCCCCCUCCUGCCCCUUGCAGAAAACGCCCUCUUUAGGACCAGUUGAGACGGCGACAGGAUGGACUACGUAGUCUUGAUAUUUACAUGUACAGUGGAAUUAUUACACAACGUUUCUAACCAGUCGAUGUUGAAGGUGACUACCGGCAGCUAGUUUGGCCACUUUCCGUCAGUCUCAAACACUCACACCGCUCUGUUGGCCUCUUUCGAGAGCACGGCGGCGCUCUCGUCAGCCGGCGGUGCAACAUGGUUUCAAGCACAGACGCGACAAAGCCGCAGGAGCCGAGACCUCCCCGGCGUGCUACGGGGGCUCAAAAGUGCCACAAUGCGCCAAAUAAUUUGUCAAAUAAAUACUCUGAAUUAGCUGUGGGCAAAGUAGACUUAAAGUUUUUGCGUGAUAUUUUGCGGUAUAAAUUUAUUGCGAUAAAUGAUAAAUGAUUUGAUAAAUGCCCACUUCCACUUGG